AACUCUUCUUAUAUUAAAAAUAUUAAAAACAAAAGUUUGAAGUUGUGUCAAAAUAAUACAACUCUUGUUAUUUCAAAACUUGUAUAAACCAAGCUGAUAUGGUUAAACUAUUGUCCACAUACUUUCUUAUCACAGAAUACAAAAUUCCAAAUGUAAAGCAAACAUUUUACCAAUAAUAAUAAUAAAUUACAAAUAAUUAGGUACCAAGUUUAAAACAUGUGGUUCAUAGAAAUUAUAUAAUUCUAAGUCUUCAUUUUUUUUCAAAGUCUUUCGAACAAUCAGUUCUCUGCUUUUGUCCAAUUUUGAAACUUCCACAAACCAAGCUGUGAAGCUGAUAUGGUUAAACUAUUGUCCACAUACUUUCUUAUCACGUAAUUCAAACUUCCAAGUUUUCCAAUUUAUAUAACCACACUAGAAUCUCCUAAAAAAUUAUACUCCCAUUUCAAUUCGAUCGUAUUUCUUUGAUCCAAACAAUCACUCAUGAUGACCAUUAUCACUACACAAAUUCCACUUCUUUUGCUUCUACUUUUAUCUUUAACCACAUUUCACAAAUGCAUGUCAAUCAAUGAUCACAAAUUGGUUCGAUGCAAUGAGAAAGAUAAAGAGACAUUAUCAAUCUUCAGAAAGGGAAUCAAUGAUAGUUUUGGUCUGCUAUCAACAUGGUCAACCGAAAAAGAUUGUUGUGCAUGGAAAGGAGUCUCCUGUGACAACAUAACCAACAGAGUUACAAAACUUGAUCUCAAAUUAUCACCUUACUUUGAUCCAUUUAGAACUUCGACAGGUGAAAUCAAUAUGUGUAUUCUAGAACUUGAGUUUCUCAGUUACUUGGAUUUGAGUGAUAAUGAUUUUGAUGUGAUAAGUUUUACAACCAUUCAACACAACAUCACACAUGCAUCUAACCUUUUCUACCUUGACUUAUCCGACAAUGAUCUUCAGAUGGAUAAUCUUGAUUGGCUUUCUCCACAUUCUUCAUUGAAAUAUCUCUACCUUAGUGGAAUUGAUCUUCAUAAGGUAACCAAUUGGCUUCAAGCUGUUAAUACACUUCCUUCACUAUUAGAGUUACAGUUGAGUUAUUGCAACCUCAAUAACUUCAUCAUCAACCCAUCUAUUGAAUAUUUGAAUUUGUCUUCACUUCUAACUCUUGAUCUUUCUGUCAACAACAUCACCUCUCAGUUACCAAAUUGGUUUUUUAAUCUCACCAAAGAUCUCACCUAUCUUAACCUUAGGGACAGCAAUAUACAUGGUGAGAUACCUUCAAGCUUGCUAAACCUUCAAAAUCUGAGAUACCUUGAACUCUCUUAUAACCAACUACAAGGUUCACUUCCAGAUGGAAUAAGCCAACUACCAAAUAUUCAACACCUUGAUCUCUCUUAUAACAAACUACAAGGAUCACUUCCAGAUGGAAUAAGCCAACUACCAAAUAUUCAACACCUUGAUCUUAACAGUAACAUGUUAAGUGGUUCCAAUAUUCCUUCUACUUUGGAAAACCUCUCAUCCUUAAAUUACUUGUCCAUUGGUGGUAAUAAUUUCUCAGGUGAAAUUUCAGAAAAUACUUUUUCCAAACUCUCUAAUUUAGAUUGGCUAGAUUUGGCAAGUUCUAAUUUUGUAUUCCAAUUUAAUUUGGAUUGGGUUCCUCCUUUUCAACUCAGUGAUCUUUUAUUGAGUAAUACAAAUCAAGGUCCAAACUUUCCAUCUUGGAUAUAUACACAGAAGUCACUGCAAUCUCUCGACUUAUCGAGCUCGGGAAUUUCAUUGGUAGACACAAACAAGUUUUCGAGCCUUAUAGAAAGAAUCCCCUAUCUUUUUUUGUCAAACAAUUCCUUGACUGGGGACAUAUCAAACCUAACACUAAAGGGAGAUAUGUUAUAUUUGAAUCGCAAUAAUUUUACAGGAGGACUCCCAAACAUAUCACCGAAUGCCGGUGGUUAUGCCCGUGAUGUUGAUUUUUCUUACAACUCUUUCUCAGGAUCAAUUCCACAUAGUUGGAAGAACUCGAAAUAUUUAACAACCAUUAACUUGUGGAACAAUAAGCUAUCUGGUGCAGUUCUGGAGCACGUCUCUGAUUGGACACAAUUGGGGUUCUUGAACUUGGGAGAAAAUGAAUUUUCAGGAACCAUACGUUUCAAGAUGUCACAAUACUUAUCAGUAUUAAUAUUGAGAGCUAACCAAUUUGAAGGGACUAUUCCAACACAAUUAUUCAAUCAAUCUUCUUUGUUUCAUUUAGACCUUGCACAUAACAAACUCUCAGGAUCUAUGCCAAAGUGCAUCUAUAACUUGACUGAAAUGGUUACUUUAACUAGGGAGGACUCAUUUGUAUAUGGUACACUUGAGUUGUUUACAAAAGGUCAAGAAUAUUAUAUGGAAUAUGCUGACAGUAUUAGGAAAACUAUUGACCUUUCAGCUAAUAACUUGUCUGGAGAAGUGCCAUCAGAAUUAUUUCACCUCGUUCAAGCUCAAACGUUAAACUUAUCUCACAAUAAUUUGAUUGGUAAAAUACCAAAGACGAUUGGAGGCAUGAAAAAUUUAGAAUCUCUCGAUCUCUCCAAUAAUAAGCUUUCUGGUGAAAUUCCUCAGAGCAUGGCUCUCUUAACCUUUUUAGAGGUUUUGAAUUUAUCUUGCAACAAUUUUGAUGGAAAAAUCCCAAUAGGAACUCAACUUCAAGGUUUUAAUGUAUCAAGCUACAUUGGAAACCCAAACCUAUGCGGAGCUCCUCUUAAUAAUUGCACUACGGAAGAAGAAAAUCCUAAAAAUGCAACUCCGUCUACAGAUAAUGACUCUAUACGAGAAUCAUUGUAUCUAGGCAUGGGAGUUGGAUUUGCAGCAGGUUUCUGGGGAAUUUGUGGUUCUUUGUUUCUUAUUAGGAAGUGGAGGCAUGCAUGCUUUCGGUUUGUUGAUGGAGUGGGUGACAAGCUCUAUGUAACUUUGAUGGUAAAGUUAAAUAGUUUUCGCAGAAAUUGAGCUCCUGCUAGUGAAGGUGAUUCAUCAUGUGGCUGAUUGAUCCUGCAAAUCAUGGUUAUGAUUUUUCAAAAAGAGCCAAAUUGUGAUACCACUGUUGCUGAAUUUAUCUUUCACUUUUUGUAAUGUAUUUGUUCAUUUUGUCAAUUGUAAUGUUUUGUUCAUUCAAAAACUAUUGCUCAUGUUAUGUAUCUGUCAUCUUAUUGGAUAUUGAAAAUAAUUUUUCAACAAAACUUAGCUGCCUCAAACUCUACAUUGUGUAAAAAACCAAUAUUGUCAUAUCUUAAAUAAACUGGAUUCGAAUUUGGCGGGCCGUUCCAUA